UGCUCAAUUGCUCUUCUUAAAUGUGUAUUUUAAACCUAAACACACUGCUAACAGUAAGCCUAAACCUAACCUUGGACUAAGACCAAACUGCACAUUUUUGUUUUCAUACAUUUUUACGAUAUAGAUAUGAUCAUUUAGACUUUGUGGGUGUAAUAUCUAGUGGAAACCCAGUGAGAGGGACGUGAAUCAUCUGGGGUUAACAAGAAUAAUUUAUGUCGAACGAAACAGUCGUAUUUUGUUGUUUAGCAAGCUAGCUGGUAAACUGUAACAACCCUGUGUCACAUACACUCACCCUCUGUAGUAGCUGGGACACGAGUUGCAGAAAUGACAGAGCUACGGCACCGGGGAACGACUGAAAACGACCUAUAUCAACAAUCCGAAGACAAGGGAUCUGAGAAUGAGGGGAAAGCAGAGGGGGUGUCUGAAAGCGAGACCAAGCCUGAUACAGGGCUCCCGGAGGUGCCUGUCCCUGCUGAUGACACCCCUGAGGUUCUCAAUAAAGCCCUAUCUGGACUGUCCUCACGAUGGAAGAACUGGUGGGUGCGAGGGAUCCUGACUCUGGCCAUGAUCUCCUUCUUCUUCAUCAUCAUAUAUCUGGGUCCCAUGGUGCUCAUGCUGAUUGUGCUGUGUGUGCAGAUCAAAUGCUUCCAGGAGAUCAUCCACAUCGGUUACAGUGUGUACCACUCCUACCACCUGCCCUGGUUCAGAACGUUGAGUUGGUACUUCCUGCUCUGUGUGAACUACUUCUUCUACGGAGAAACGGUGACAGACUACUUCUUUAAUCUGGUGCAGAGGGAGGAGCCGCUGCGCAUCCUCAGCAAAUACCACCGCCUCAUCUCCUUCGCUCUGUACCUCACAGGUUUCUGCAUGUUCGUGCUGAGCCUGGUGAAGAAACACUAUCGUCUGCAGUUCUAUAUGUUUGGCUGGACUCAUGUAACUCUGCUGAUCGUAGUGACCCAGUCCCACCUCAUCAUCCACAACCUGUUUGAGGGAAUGAUCUGGUUCAUCGUGCCCAUCUCCUGUGUGAUCUGCAAUGACAUCAUGGCCUACAUGUUUGGCUUCUUCUUUGGACGUACUCCACUCAUUAAGCUGUCUCCUAAGAAGACCUGGGAAGGAUUCAUCGGCGGAUUCUUUUCUACUGUUGUGUUUGGGAUCCUGUUGUCCUAUGUGAUGGCAGGCUACAGCUUCUUUGUGUGUCCAGUGGAGUUCAACAGCGACCAUAACAGUUUUGAGGUGGACUGUGUGCCCUCUGAUCUGUUCCAGCUACAGGACUAUGCCCUGCCGGCCACCCUCGAGUCCCUCACUGGAUGGCCCACAGUGCGCCUCUACCCAUUCCAGAUUCACAGCAUCUCCCUCUCUGCCUUUGCCUCCCUCAUGGGACCCUUCGGAGGCUUCUUUGCCAGCGGCUUCAAGAGGGCCUUUAAGAUCAAGGACUUUGCCAACACCAUCCCUGGUCACGGUGGCAUCAUGGACCGCUUCGACUGCCAGUACCUCAUGGCCACGUUCGUCAAUGUCUACAUCGCCAGCUUCAUCAGGGGCCCUAACCCUGCUAAGGUGGUUCAGCAGCUUUUAGCCCUGCGUUUGGACCAGCAGCUCAACAUCUUCAACUCUUUAAAGAGCCACUUGAUAGAGAGGGGUCUGCUGGAGGAUGUAGCCUAGGGCUCCCACGGUCAGCCCAAGGUCACCCUACUGGGCACAUAGAGAGGAGGGCAGCGCCUGGCACCAGAAAGCCCUGGAGGUGUGGGAGAAGAAGUGUGGUGCUCGUAUGAGCAAGAACACAUCUGAGAAAGUAACUAAAUUCUUUGGGUUAUUCAAUUUUCUGUGUGACAGAGGGAGGGAGUGUAUAUAGUAUGAAAGAAAGUGUGUCCUAAACUGUUUUCCUUUGUCAGUGCUUCAGGUUGUUUUUGUGAGUAAAUUUGUUAGCUAUAGUAUCUACAACACAGUGAUGCCACUUGAUCUGUGUACCACAAUGAGGUCAGGUAUACAUGUGUGUGAAUAUUUUAUGGUACAUAUAUUUUAUUUGUGUUUUAAUGCACUGCUCAAAAUAGUCACACUGUAUCGUCCUCUUCAUCUGCCACAAUUUUAUUUGCUUCAUUCAUCGUAAUAAUUGUUUGUAUUUAUAAUUGUUUAUUUUACCUUUUAUUUAACUAGGCAAGUCAGUUAAGAACAAACUCUUAUUUUCAAUGACUGCCUAGGAACAGUGGGUUAACUGCCUUGUUCAGGGGCAGAAUGACAGAUUUUUACCUUGUCAGCUCGGGGAUUUGAUCUUGUAACCUUUUGGUUACUAGUCCAAUGUUCUAACCACUAGACUACCCUGCCACCCCACCUAUUACAUAAUAUGUGUGGUUGAGUUUUUACAUUGAAAUCUUCCAUUGUAUCCCUGUUUUGUAUAGUUAGUCAAUGUGAAUUUUACCCGGUAGAGGUUCACUCUGCUAUUGGCACGUCAUGCUGCAUAUCUGUGUGUUUCUGUCUCUGUUACCAUGGAGUGCGUCCCAAAUGGUACCCUAUUUCCUACAUAGUGCACUACUUCUGACCAGAGCCCUAUGUGCCCAGGCAUCAUCAAUAAGAUUCAGGCGCGGCUGGUCAGGGGACCGGAAGAUAAUUACAAAUCAUCUGUAGACUGCAAAUUGACCGCAAGAAGCCCAAGCAGAAAUAAUAUUUGACUAAAACAUAAUAAUUUAAAACCUUGCUUACAUUUGUAUAAGAUCACAUAUAUUUCCAAAAUUAAAAUCACUGAUUUGCUGGUGUUUUAAGUCAUAUGCCCCCCAAAAACAUUUUUUGCCCAUGGGACAAAUUCAGCUAGCGAGCCUCCAGUUAGGGAACCCUGAUGUAGGGAACAGAGUGCCAUUGUAGACACAUGCUUCACCUGUAGCUUCAUUCACACCCAGCCACACCGUUCUAGGAAGUGGACUGUCUAAAUUGGGGGAAAAACACCACUGGAUUUGACAGGAUUAUUGACUAUCAUUAUUGCUACAAAAUGGAGGUUAGUAAAACAUUCCCUAGGAGCAAUAGAAUACAUGUUUGAAAGUGUAAAAUGACAAAAGGAAUAGUAUAGGAAUGUAUUUUACAAUAUAUUUCAUUGCCAUGUAAUAUUCUACUACAUAAUGGUCUGCCUUAAUGUUAAACUUAAUUUAAAUCUAUUGUGAUCUCCUUUUGGUGUGGGAGUUGGACAUCAGGGUUUCAGCUGUGGUUAUUUAUUUUCCAAUCAAGUUCCGUUAUCAGAGAUGACGAUGUGUGAAGGGUCCUUUCAGUUCACGCUGGAUGACAGCCACCAGAGUUUUAUAUAAAGUACCAGUCAAAAGUUUGGACACACUUACUCAUUCAAGGAUUUUUCCUUCAUUUUCCUAUUUUCUAGAUUGCAGAAUAACACAUAUGGAAACAUGUAGUAACCCAAAAAGUGUUAAGCAAAUUCUUCAAAGUAGCCACCCUUUGCCUUGACAGCUUUGCACACUCUUGGCAUUCUCUCAACCAGCUUCAUGAGG